AUGACGAACGAGAGGUGGCAGCGCGGUGUCGGAACCGGCAUCGGGCUCAGCAACCACGUCAACACCUACAGGCAGGGCGUGAUCAUCGACAACUGGAUCGAGGAUGACGUCGCCAUCCGCACCGUGGGCAAGAACCUCAUCGGCAACGAGUCCGUCCCGUUCCAGGGCUCGAGCACCUUCCGCGACGCCUUCUCCCCGGACAAGUAUCAGGGCGUCGCCCCGCCCCAACGCAUGGACGUCGAACCCCGCGCCAUCCUCGAGCUCCGCCACAAGUUCCCGCACGGGCCCACGCGCGAGCAGCAGGAUGCCUUCUACGACGCCACCGUCGGGGGCCUCGCCUUCGCCCCACCCAGCGGCGACAAGCCCCAGGUGACCUCGUCGCUGUGGACCGGUUCCAACGCGGCGGACGCGAUGGUGCCCGUGAACGGCGGUCGAACCUCGUUGGCGACUCGGAAAAAAGCGCAGGCGGCGGCGGAGAUGGCGGGCUUCGACCCUUACGUCACCACCACGAGGACCGCGUUGGAGCACGGGCUGAGCGGCGGCGCGUACGAGAAGAGAAGGGCCGAUCCACCGGCGCCGAGCAGGGGCGGAUGGGGGAACGACCUCGGCGACGACGCGGGUGCCCAGAGCGCGACGAUCGGCCGUAAGGGGAAGGGGGCCUUCUGCACCGAGUUCGAUAGGCGAGCGACCCGCCAGGUGGUCGGUUUGCGGGGCGCGAUCGCCAUCAAAGACGGUCCGUGGGCGGGGAAGUGA